AUGUCUGAAAUUUUCAGUUUCUUUACGGUCCAAAAUCGCAACAGCAACUUCUUGGACUCUGUUUUAGCUUUGAUCGUCGUGUCCACUCUUUUUUGGUAUAUAUGGCUUUACGCCAAAUCCAAAAGACGGUUUCCACCGUUACCGCCGGGUCACCGAGGUCUUCCCAUCGUCGGAAACCUCCCAUUCCUCCAUCCGGAGCUUCACACUUACUUUCACAAACUUGCUCAAAAGUACGGCCCCGUUUUCAAACUCUGGCUCGACACCAGACUAAACAUUGUGAUCACUUCUUUCAAAGCCACGCGCGAGAUUCUAAGAACUAAUGACGUCAUCUUUGCGAACGUGAAUGUGGCAGGUUCGCUCAGCACGUAUGGUGGCGUAGAUAUCGUCUGGUCACCAUACGGACAGGAAUGGCGAAUGCUGAAAAAAAUUUGCAUUAACAAAAUGUUAAGAAGCGCCACGCUGGAUUCAAAUUCUUUUCAUUCACUUCACUGUCUCGAAACCAGGCGAACGGUCCGCUAUUUGGCGGAUUGGGCUCGAGCUGGAUCGCGGGUUAACAUUGGGGAACAUAUAUUUGUGACCAUAUUGAAUGUUAUGACUCAAAUGUUGUGGGGAGCAACGGUUGCUGAUUCAAAGAUGACAGUACACACCAAAGCUCCUAAAUUUGGGUGA